CAUAAACCUUUCAUUGUCAAGCUUCCCUUUAGAUCUUUUAUGGUCAUAUUUAACAUCGCUAUAUUUAGCUUUCUGGAGGCUAACCGAUAAAAGAUGUAUCCUUCUUUGAACAACAAUGGUUCUAAGCCACAAAUGAGUUCUUCAAAUCUCAGUAAUUAUCACAAUGACAGCUUCCACUCGAAAACCCCUCAAGAACCUUAUCAUACUCCAUCUUGUUUUUCGUUUCUCCUUCCAUCCCCUAUUUACACUCCAUUAGAAGAUGAAUCUGCCUUCUGUGAGCUAUUCCAACAACAACAGUUUUUGUCAAAUGAUCAUAACCACAACCUUCUAGUUCAUGAGAUGUCUAAUAAUGUGGGAGAAUGUAGCAACAAAAAGGGAAAAAUCACAACAAACGAUGGAGACGAUGAUCAUUGCGAUGUUAAUACUCAUGUUGAGCCUGAUAAGGACAGUCCAAGGAAGAUUCCAUCUAAUAGAGACAGGCAUAGCAAGAUCAACACGGCUCAAGGUCCCAGAGAUCGAAGGAUGAGGUUGUCCCUUGAUGUAGCUAAAAAGUUUUUUGGGUUGCAAGAUCUGCUUGGGUUUGAUAAAGCAAGCAAGACGAUUGAUUGGCUCCUUACCGAAUCAAAAACCGCCAUUCUAGAUCUCCUUCCUGACCAUAGCUGCAGCUUUAUGGAUGUAUCCAACAGUACAUCUUCUACUUCAGAAUGUGAGGUUGUGUCUGGGAUUGGUGAUCAGUUUAUGGUCAAGACUGGAGAUGAUCAAGCAACUACAAAAACUAAGGCAAAGUCUUCUUCUGGAAACAACAAAAAACAGAAAGAAAAGAUUACUAGGGUUAGAAAGUGUGCAGAUUUGCAACACCCUCUUGCUAAAGAAACAAGGGUAAGAGCAAGACAAAGGGCAAGGGAGAGGACAAUCCAAAAGCAGAAUAAUUACUACAACCAUGGUGUUGGUCAAGACUCAACAUUUGGACCAUUUCUAGAUCAGGUAAUGGAUCAAGAUGUAAACCAGUUAGGAUCUUGGAGUACCUUUCAAGAAAGUCCGCAUAAAAGCAUCGAUCAAGUUAAUCAAAUGAGCUCGAACUUCCAGUAUAACCGCGGAUUUGUUGGUGACAAUUCUUCGCUGUCACUACUAGAAAACUACAUUUUUUCCUACAAAAGUUUCCUACAAAUUUCCCACAACUUAUUUUUUGUUACAAUUUUCCUACAAUUUUUUGACAAAAAAGAAAACAACAAAACUUUUCCACAAAUUUCCUACAAAAUUGCUACACAAUAA